CGCACUGAUCGCACUGAUAGAGACCCUCUAAUAGGAGUUACAAAACAGCCAUUUUUCAUUAGGGUUUUUAGCGCUGGCAACUGUCAGAGUUCCUGAAGUAAAUUCUCCGGAAUAAAAAAAAAAACGGCAUCUCGCUUUAGUGUAAAAAAUGUUAGGGAAUGCAAGUAACGUAGACAAUUGAUGUGCUCGGCGCAUCCAAUUGUAUGUACAUAUCUAGUGAUUUUAAAAUCCCAAGGCUGUGUAUAUAUAUAGAAAAUGAACCGAGUAUCUUCUUUGAUAAGAUAUGCAAUUUUUCCUGUUUGAGGUUACCUAUUAAAUUUCACAUGUAAUUAUAGCUUUGAGUACAAAAAUUCAUAAUAGAAUUAACUAUAUUAACAAAAUUUCUAGUAAUCGUAUUAAACGAUUAGUACGAUUGCAAUAUGGCAACGUUGAGUCAUGACAUUCAAUUACCAAAUAAUAUUCCAAAAUUGUUAAAGGAGAAACAUGCAAACUAUUUAAUUUCGUAUGGGACCAACAAAGAUGAAUAUAACUUCUCUCAAACUGAACACAUGAGGAUGUCUGGCAUGUAUUGGGGUCUUACCGCUCUAGAUUUGAUGGGAAAGUUAGACCAAACCAAUAAGGAAGAAGUGUUGGAAUUUAUUGGACAAUGUCAAACUGACAGUGGUGGCAUUGCUGCCAGUAUACAACAUGAUCCACAUUUACUUUAUACUCUUAGUGCUGUUCAAAUAUUAUGUAUAUAUGAUGCAUUGGAUGUAAUAAAUGUUGACAAAGUUGUAAAUUAUGUCAAAGAGAGACAACAGGUAGAUGGAAGUUUUAUGGGUGAUCAAUGGGGUGAGGUGGAUGUCAGAUUUUCAUUCUGUGCUGUCGUAUUGCUAAUGUUCUAGAACCGUUUAGACGCGAUAGAUGUUGAAAAAGCAGUGCAAUUUGUAUUAAAAUGUAUGAAUUUUGAUGGAGGAUUUGGUUCGAAACCAGGAUCUGAGAGCCAUGCAGGUUUAAUUUAUUGCAGCGUUGGAUUACUUUCAAUUACAGGGCAUUUGCAUUUGAUAGAUGCUGAUCGCUUAGGAUGGUGGUUAUGUGAGAGACAGCUACCUUCGGGUGGUUUAAAUGGCAGGCCUGAAAAGUUACCGGAUGUAUGUUAUUCUUGGUGGGUGCUAUCGGCGUUAACAAUUUUAGGUCGUCUGCAUUGGAUAGAUAAAAAAGGCAUGAUAGAUUAUAUUUUAAUUUGUCAAGAUGUCGAAACUGGCGGUUUUAGUGAUCGGCCUGGUGAUAUGGUUGACCCUUUCCAUACCUUAUUCGGCCUCACCGCAUUAUCAUUAUUAGAUGAGAACUUUUCGUUGAAACCAAUAAAUCCUACUUAUUGUAUGCCAGAAUAUAUAAUCGAACGUUUAGGUCUUAAGCCGUCGCGACUCGAACUAUGAUUAUAUACUUGACAUGUUUCACGAUGUACAUUAUUUCCUAUUUGUUAAAUAUAGGUAGAUUUUUAAGAAAAUA